UGGGGAGAGAAGUUUGCCUGCGGCGCAGUCCACUCAACAUUUACCGUGUUUCAUUUGGGGAACAGCAACAAGAGCCUCCGGAGAAGCUUUCCAGGGAAUGCUGAGGAAUAUCUGACAGUACAUACGACACCACUCACUGCUCACUUUUUCCCCUCUUUUAAAAAAAAAGAAAAAAAUCUUUACUCAUCAUUGAUGUCGCCAAAGUAGUGGGAAGCUCGGGUCAGUAGGACAGCGGCCGCACGCGGACUGUUGUCUGUCGGAGGGUGCUUUUUUAAACAUUUGGGUCCCGGCUGGAGAGCGAAACAGAAAGACGAAGAGGACAAGCAGAGGAAGAGACAGUCCGAGUGAAAGUGAGAAAAGAGUCCGGCUCAGAAUGAAUAACAACAAAAUCGAGAAGGAAAACGAGCAGAGUGAAUUCACCAACCACGAAGAGGAGGUCCGAACGCUAUUUGUCAGUGGGCUACCACUGGAUAUUAAGCCGCGGGAGCUCUAUCUCCUGUUCAGACCAUUUAAGGGCUAUGAAGGCUCCUUGAUAAAACUCACUUCUAAACAGCCGGUGGGGUUUGUCAGCUUUGACAGUCGAUCAGAGGCGGAGGCUGCUAAGAAUGCCUUGAACGGCGUCCGGUUUGAUCCAGAGAUCCCCCAGACCCUGCGGCUGGAGUUCGCCAAGGCCAACACCAAGAUGGCCAAGAACAAGCUGGUUGGCACCCCCAACCCACCUCCCUCCCAGCAGAGCCCGGGGCCACAGUUUAUUAGCAGAGACCCAUAUUCGCUGGCUCCCACCUGCAGAUGGAACUCCUCAGGGAUGGAAGUCCAGGCAGUUCUGCUGAAGUAUGUGUUCCUGAUGUGUGAUGGUGGCCGUGGCCGGCUGUGACGGGCGUUGCUGAUUGCCUCUCGUGUCCAAUUAGAAACCAGGAGGACUGACCUGACUCCGGCUCACGGAGCAGCGUACCGUCGGCAACAGCAGCCUCAUGGGCCUCAGGACAUACUAGACCCCAGCCUCCAUCACACAUCAAGCCCCCACCCCUCCCUCCCCCAAACUCCUUCCAACUCUUUUUUAUACUGUUACAUACUCUAGAUUUACCGGCAGCGCUUUGGCUACACCUCCUCUGACACCUCCGUGAAAGGUACCGGGCAUGCAUGACAAGGGCGCACACACCCUUUGUUUACCAGUUGACUGCAUCGCCUGUCUGACGUUAACUCUUGCUGUGCAUUCUGUAUAUGCAAGUGUAAAAAGACAGCCCGCCAAAGGAGUGCAAAACACGUUUUAUGCAGCCACUUUGCAAGGCCAGACUUCUGAACGUGUGGCUAAAGCGCUGCCCGGUAACGUUAUUAUAUGACUAUAAUUAUUACUAUUCUGUAUAUCAUUCAUAUUAAUGUUAUUAUGAUUAUUAAAUACAUGUUGAAGCAUGACUUUGCAAAAAAAAGAAGAAAAAAAAUGAUGCUGUACAUUUUUAGAUAUUUUAAAGAAAUACAAAAAAGUAUUUUUGUAAUCAAGACAAUGUUUGAAAUGUUUGAUUGGUUCAUGUUGUGCUAAAGUGUGUGAGGAACUUUCAUAUUUUUAUUUUUUUUUUGCCCUUCCUGUUUGUGCCAUUAUAAAAUGGUAAGUCGCCCCUGCUAUACCAAAGCAGUCCUGUGGGUUUGCUCUUGUCUUUUCUACAUACUGUGUGGAUUUAGGUUUGCUCAUGUGUGUCGUCUUUAUGAAACGAACAUAUUAGUCCUUUGUCCAUGAUGACUCUGAGUGAGAAAAACACACCUGAUCCAGCUCCUAAUUUCACAGUUAGAGGUAAUCAGAUGUGUUGAAAGAGGCGUUGACAGGAAGAAGCCGUCGACCGGUGAAGGUAGAGUGACCCUAAAGACAAAACACAGCAAACUGAGCCCUGCUAUAAUAAGUAACGUGCUCCUUCAUCGUGUAGCAGGAGGACAGCAGCACAGUAUAGAGAAACAAAAGACCAAAGCAUUUUAUUUUUUACACUGGAGAGCUAUCUAGGCUAGUGGAAUUAUUCCGUUUUUGACUGCUUUGUAGUCCUCAGUCUGAUUUCUUAUGAAGUAUGACAUUAUUUUUGCUGCAUGUCUCUUUUGGUGUCACUCCAAAGAGCCACUUCGCGUCUGAAAGGAUGUUCACUUUAAGCAAUUUGUCCCUUUUGUCUAUUUUUAGGGAGCCAACGUGAUUCAACCUGCUUUUGUAAAUUUUGAAUUUACAUAGUGAUGAUUGGAGUGUUAAAAAAAAAAAAAAUCUUUUGUAAUCUUUGUGUAUUCUGGGCCUGCAAUAACGUCUUUGCUGUUUGACAUAUCAUCGAGUGAUCAUAUUUCUGUGACAUCUUGACGCCAAAAUCCUCAUUCAUGUCGCAUUCGUACAAAAACAAACAGCGGUUCUGGUCCUCUGCUGACGGGGCCGAGUCACACUUCGGUGAUGAGACGAUCAGAAAAGAAAAACAAUCUUCCCUGUAAUGUUUAGCCCAGGUGUGUACAAUCAUAUCGGAGUGGUUGAGUCAUAUAGUCAGUGUUUGUAAUGAAUAAUAAUAAUAAUAUGCACAUAUUGCCGACUGAUUUUCUGGAGCAGGUUUUGCUUUUACAGACAUUUUUUAAGCCAAGUGUGGCACCAAAUUUAUUAGAACAAGUAUUUAUAAGGUGUGUGUGUGCGUGUGUGUUUUUAUGGGUAUUAUGUUUUUAAAGUUCAUAGAAGAUGCCCAUCAUAUAAUUCAUUGUAAGUAUUAUUGUAAGUUUAAUUGUAUAUUCAUUUGGUAAUUUUCUAGAGCUUCUUUUUUGUGUUUGUAUCUGAUAUAUGAAUACUGUUUUACCUACAUAAUUCACUGUGAAAUCCAGAGAAAAACUUUGAACGAAUGGAUCUUUGUGUGUGUUGCCAGCAGUGCGGUACAGAAGUUUCUGGAAAUGAAUAUGAUGAUCCCCUCCCCCUCUCUUUGUCAGUGAGAACUAUUCCUUUCUUGUUUCAGUAUACCAUGUGCGUACCUGUGUGUUCUGUGCAUGUUCACGGCAUGUGUGUGUUCUUCUUUUCUUUUUCUUAAUGCAUACAGUACUGUUGGUAUUUAUGUACCUUAGCCGCUGUAAGGAGAAACUGUAUUUCAGUGAAUUGCAGAGGUUUGUUUGUUUGUUUGAAACCAAAAAAAAAAAGGUGAUCAAAAUGAGUUUUUAUGAAAAUGUUAAAUGAAGACAUUUCAGGCCGUCCGCCAUUAAAGAUUGACGUCAUCCCUGCUGUCA